CUGUGUAUCGCCCCGGCAGCCGGCUGGGCUUGCGGAGGCCGAGACUGGUAGUGUUCGCUAUGGCGGAUGUGUUGAACGUCGGGGUGAAUCUGGAGGCCUUCGCUCAGGCCAUUGGCGCCAUCCAGGCGCUGCGCUCCAGCGUGAGCCGGGUAUUCGACUGCCUGAAGGAUGGCAUGCGGAACAAGGAGACGCUGGAGGGCCGGGAGAAGGCCUUCAUCGCCCACUUCCAAGACCACCUGCACUCCGUCAAUCGGGACCUCAAUGAACUGGAGCGUCUGAGUAACUUGGUAGGCAAGCCAUCUGAGAACCACCCUCUCCAUAAUAGUGGAUUGUUAAGCCUAGAUCCUGUUCAGGACAAGACUCCUCUCUAUAGCCAGCUUCUUCAAGCGUAUAAGUGGUCGAACAAGUUGCAGUACCAUGCAGGUCUAGCUUCUGGUCUCCUGAAUCAACAGUCUCUGAAACGCUCUGCCAACCAGAUGGGAGUAUCUGCAAAACGGAGACCUAAAGCUCAGCCUACAACCCUUGUUUUACCUCCACAGUAUGUUGAUGAUGUGAUCAGCCGUAUUGAUAGGAUGUUCCCUGAAAUGUCGAUUCAUUUGUCGAGACCCAAUGGAACAUCUGCAAUGCUUUUGGUUACUUUAGGAAAGGUACUGAAAGUCAUUGUGGUCAUGAGGAGCCUCUUCAUUGAUCGAACAAUUGUGAAAGGAUACAACGAAAACGUAUACACAGAAGAUGGAAAGCUUGACAUAUGGUCUAAGUCCAACUAUCAGGUGUUCCAAAAGGUGACAGAUCAUGCCACCACUGCCCUCCUCCAUUAUCAGUUGCCCCAGAUGCCAGAUGUUGUGGUCAGGUCUUUCAUGACCUGGUUAAGAAGUUACAUAAAGCUGUUCCAGGCUCCAUGCCAGCGCUGCGGAAAGUUUUUGCAAGAUGGCCUUCCUCCCACAUGGAGGGAUUUCCGAACCCUCGAAGCCUUCCAUGACACCUGCAGACAGUAACCCUGCCCAGCUCUGCUUUCAGACCCUCAGGAUGACAAGCAGGUGGAAAAAUAAACCCAGCACCCAAAACUUUUCCAGAUCAAGCUAAGCAAUAUUGAUGGCUCAAUACUUAACUCACUUCUCAACAACAAUACAUUCAUUCUUUUCCUUAGUAAACAGUGCUUCCCUGUGUAUUAAGGCUCAACCAGUGCUGUUGGAUACCAGGUUGUCUCUGUGGUUGAUGGGGACUAAUUUUAUACUUCAGCUGGUGCACAGAAGGAAAAGAGUACUUUUUGUGUACAUAAUAUAAGAAAGUAAUGCAGCAUGUUCUUCUGUUUUUGUUAGUGAUGAGCUCAUCCUUCUGGAUCAGUCUCAUAAGUCAUUUUCAGGAGCUAUUGUCAUUUUAAUGAGAACUUCACACAUGGUGCCAGAAAUCUACAUUGUUAAAUAACUUAUUUUUAUAAGCAAUAAACUCUUUGUAUUCAAGAUGAA